GGCAUUGGAAGGGGACUGUCAGCGCUGUCAAAAUGCCGCCACGAAUUCCAAUUCAAUCGUGUUCCAAAUCCCUUAACGGGCCACUAUACAACUGGUUCGCUGGCCUGUCUCUUGGGCCCAGCGUUUAUUCCAGAUCCGCCUCAUCCAAGACGAAACGCCAAAAGAAACACUAUGACCCGUUUGCAUUGGCGCAGGCUCGCCAAAGGAAAGCUGCGAAUUUGUCCCGGCAGCGUGUUUUAAAAGAAGAACGUGAAGCCGCGCGUGGAGAUCCGGUGGUGGGAAAACCGACAGCUUUGACCGAGGCGUUGCUAAAUGGGCAAGUUAUCCCUCCAAGUUCACCAGCGGCAGCCAGCGAGGCAUCGGCCAGCUCAUCGGAUCUUAACUUCUUUCUGUCGGCGGACGAAUUGAACUUCGCCCUUGCACGCUCGGAGAAAAAUACCCAGCCUGUGGUAGAGGAGGGCCCUUCUUUCGACCCGCAAAAGGCGGAGGAGGAAGCGAAAAGGCACUCGGACAAGCACAAGAAUGCCGAGGAAGCAGUGAGACGUAUCAUGCAGAUGAACAACGCCAGCAGCAAAGAUCGAACACGGCUGAACAUCCAGCGUUGUAUCGAAACAUUCGGGCGACAUAAUACAGAUGCGGCUCUUCCUCCAAAGCCAGAGGCCGCCCCACACCCUUCUGCACCUCAACAUCCUCCCAGACCAUCUCGUGCCGGUCCAGAUACCGGUUCAUCCGAAGUUCAGAUCGCGAUUUUAACCACAAAGAUUCUUACUCUUGCAAAACAAUUGGAGACUACUUCACACAAAGAUAAGCAUAACAAGCGGAACCUCAGAUUACUAGUUCAUAAACGACAAAAGCUGCUUAACUAUCUUCGGAAAAAGGAACGUGGGGGUCCAAGAUGGCAGAACUUGGUGAACACACUCGGUCUCAGUGAUGCGACUUGGAAAGGGGAAAUCAGUCUAUAGGAGCGAUGCGUGGAUAUAUGUACUGUACUAUUAUUUCUCUUUGAGUAUUUUUCCCAGGUAACAUUGUAUUUAUGUUUUCGCUUGUGUGUACCAGUCGUACGCUUCGAUGAUGCUGGGUUUCUUCGAGAUUUCUUGAGUCUUCAAUGGGUCGAGUGACCAGUCUAUGGAGUAUAGUACAGCGUCUAUACAUGGUCUUGAUCUCAGCGGCUUAUAUACAUUGGAUGUAUGUAUUCUCGAGUGGUUAUGAGACGCUGUCGUGAGCCC